AUGCUUCAUUUUGAAAGAGCAGCAAAUGGCAACGUUGUCAGCCCGCCUCUACCACAAGCAGCUGGCUAUGUCGUAGUAAUUGCGGUCGGCUUCUUGAUUGCUUUUAUCAUGAUAUUUACCACCCAUUUGCUAAAAAGGACUGCUGGGGAGGACAACAGGACAACUGAAAUGUUCAUGACGGCGAAUCGGUCUGUCGGUACGGGGUUAACAGCUUCAGCUGUUAUAUCAUCGUGGCUUUGGAGCACAGCCAUGUUGGGAAGCACCCUUGUGGGAUACAACUUCGGUGUUGCGGGGCCAUUUUGGUUUGCUGCUGGAUGCUCACCUAUGAUUGUUUUCUUUGCACUGCUUGGGAUAGCAUGCAAGUUGCGUAUUCCUGAAGCUCACACACUACUUGAAAUUGUGAGAAUACGAUAUGGUACGACAGGACAUAUUGUGUGGAUUGCUCUAUGCUUGAUAAACAACAUCAUUGCUAUCGCCAAUAUGCUGCUUGGAGCUAGUGCAGCUAUAACAGCACUUACCGGGAUGCAUAUUAUUGCGGCGACGUUUUUGCUUCCUGUUGGCGUUAUUCUCUACACUUUCGUCGGUGGUAUCAAGGCAACCUUCUUGACCGAUUACUUUCACACCUUCGUUAUCACAAUCAUUAUCUGCUUUUUCACAAUCAAGACCUUUACUGUUCCGGAGAUAAGCUCUCCUGCAGGUCUGUUCGAUCUCAUCGUCAAAGCCGGUCAAGAUCACCCAGCUAUCUUUUUUGGCAUCAUCCAUAUCUUGGCCAACUUUGGCCUCGUCAUCAUGGAUACAGGCUUCUUUGCAAAGGCAUUCAGUGCUGCUCCCCAAGCGGUGGUUCCUGGAUACAUCAUUGGUGGCAUUGCGUACUUUGCAAUCCCCUGGUGCUUAGGCACUCUCAUGAGUUUCUCGGCUCUUGGUCUAGAAAAUACCGCACGCUUUCCCACCUACCCCCGAAGAAUGACUGCUGAUGAAGUCUCUAACGGGCUGGUAAUGCCUUAUGCAGCCUACGCCAUCGCUGGAAAAGGAGGUGCCGUCGCCGUUUUACUGAUUACUUUCAUGGCUGUAACAUCAACUAUCAGUGCUCAAGUCAUCUCCGUAUCGUCCAUCAUCAGCUUCGAUAUUUAUCGACAGUAUUUUAACAAAGCAGCGACAGAUAGAGACGCGAUUCGCUGGAGCCACAUUGGUGUCGUCUUCUUCGGCUUGUUUUCUGCCGCUUUCUCGACUGCUCUCUACUAUGGAAACGUGAAUCUCGGCUGGACACUUUAUAUGCUUGGAGUCCUAACAUGUCCUGGAAUCUUCCCCACGGUAUUCACGAUUCUCUGGAAAAGGCAAUCUUGGGCUGCUGCCAUCAUCUCCCCGCUUCUUGGCAUGGCUACCGGCAUAGCUGUUUGGUUAGGAUCGGCACAUGCACUAUACGGAGAAAUCACCGUCGCAUCUACUGGCCAAACUUUGCCAUGCGUUUACGGAACUGUUGCCUCAGCAUUCAGCCCUGGUCUCUAUUCCGUCGUCAUUUCCCUCGCCAAACCGGCCAAUUAUGACUGGGCAGACUUUCGAAAAGAGAAACUAUCAUUUACCAGAAUAAGCAGCGCUAAACUUCAAUCGCGUAUUGAUUCCAAAUCUCCCGUAGCUGCUGUAUCAGAUUACACAGAAGACGCAGCCAAAUUUGCAAAAUGGGGAAAAUUCGCUGCUUUUUGGGCUGCUGCGACAUUUUUGGGCCACUGGGUACUUUGGCCGCUUCCUAUGUACGGCUCGAGAUAUAUUUUCGGUAAAGAAUUUUUCGUAGCCUGGAUUGUAAUCGCAAUCAUUUGGGUUUGGUGUACUAUGCUUAUUGCUGGCUUUUACCCUAUUAUCGAUGGUAGAAAGCAGCUGCAAUUAGUAUAUCACGGGCUAACUGGGAAGAAGAAGGCUAAUGAUGAUGAGAGCGGGAUUGAAACACCAACUAGCGGAGUAUUAGAAAUAAAAGAGAGCUCCAGAUUUGGUAAUUAA